UAAAUGGGUGCGUUCGAAGAUGUUUAGGGGUCGUAUUUGUCGGCUGUAUUCAGUUUUCUCUGAAUUCAUGCUUGCUCUGAAUUCAGUUUUCUCUUUUGCUCUGAUCGGUUGAUGGGCUUCAUUUAAGUUUAGGAAAUGCUACUUCCAUAUAUUUAUUUGAUUCCACUUUCUGUUCGUAUUGAUUGAUGUAGGUCUGGUUGGAAGUAUCAUAUGACCUUGAAGGCUGGCUUCUUUCAUGUCUAUCCUCCUCACAUUGGCGGGCCUUUUCGAGGCCUAAGUGAAGCUGUCGCUGCGAUUGAGCACCAUCGGGCUUCCCUUGCCGCGACGUCUGGUGCCGAGGCGUCCCCUGCUCGGUCGCCUGCUGCCGAGGCGUCCCCUGCUCCGUCGCCUGCUGCCGAGUCCUCACUUGCCCCGUCGCCUGCUGCCGAGCCUUCCCUUGAUCCACAACCUGCUGUUGAGGUUUGCCUUGCUCCGUCUGCUGCCGAGGAGGCCUCCCUAGAUCCACAACCUGCUGUAGAGGCUUCCCUUGCUCGCCCGUCUGCUGGCGAGGAGGCCUUCCUUGAUCCACAGCCUGCUGUUCAGGCUUGCCUUACUCGGCCACCUGCUGCCGAGGAGGCUUCCCAUGCUCCACCGCCACCUGCUGUUGAGGCCUCCCUUUCUCCGUCACCUGCUGCUGAGGCUUCUUCUAAUCCACCAACUUAUGACUGGAGAGCAGAGGAGCGAGAGAAAGGUCGCCAACUUAAGCUGUAUCUAAACCAGGAAGAAUCAUCAAUCAUGUAUCCCACAAGGAGGUCUCAGCUCGACCCUGAUGAAUGCUUACGAUCCGUGAAGGCAACAUUAGCUAUGUGGAAGAAUCAUCCUAAAAAGGAUAACAAGCCAGCUGAACAACCUGUAAUGCAAAGUUGGAUAGGUAGGGCUGCAGAGCAAUUUAAAUCAACAACUACUGACCCGGCUAUCCUGCAAGCACGCUAUCGCUUUGAAAGAUUUAUGGAGGAAAAAGAAACCAAAAAAAAUGGAAUGAAAUGGAUGCAAAAGGAGGCUCUUCGAGCAUAUGAAAAUUAUAAAUCAGCAGACAAAAAUCUUGAGUACGAGCUUGUGAUGAUUCACUCGCAGUGUCUCAUAUAUGACACCUUCUCAAAAUCAUACCAUCACUACAAUUUUACAAUGAGGACAAGACGGUCUCGGUUAAAGCAUUGGAACUACCAGCAAUACUUCGCUGAAUCCAAAUCCGUGGAGGGUAAAACACAGUACUUUUGCAUCCCACUGCAGCCUAAUGAGCAUGGUCAUUGCUUUGGAUGCCGGAAAGUUGGCGUUUCUCUUAGACAUCCUGAGAAUGGCGGCUAUGAGAAGGGUAAUUCAGGCUCUGGAUUUCCGUUUGACACUGAUGAGAGUGCUGACUGACUACUAGUGGAUUUCCUCAAUCGUGUGUACUUCUCCACUGAAAUUAAUCCGAUGCAAGAUGAUUCACAUGAGUUAUUGUUAGGAAGGUUUACUUGAGGUUUUAGUUGACUUAAUCUAAGUGUUAUGUAGUCUGAUUUACUAAAUCAUCUAGCUUACCUUUGUUGAUUGGCUUUGAGAUGGCUUAACGCUCAUGCCGAGCGGUCAUCUACCCUUGUAUCUUGUGGAUUUGUGCAACAUUAUGCUCGGAUUUUAGGACAUGGAGAUUCAUCUUAUACUCCCUCCGUUCAAAAAUAAGUGUCGCAAAUUUAAUACUUCCUUCGUCUGAAAAUACUUGUCAUAAGAACGGAUGUAUCUAGAUGUAUUUUAGUUUUAGAUACAUCUAUUUUUAUAUAUUUGUGCGACAAGUAAUUCCGGACGGAGGAAAUACCAAGUUAGUAAAAAUGUAAUAUUAAAUCAACGACACUUAUUUUGAAACAAAGGGAGUAGUUAUUAUGAUCACAUCCAAUGGAUGCAGUAUUGUUGUACUACUCUCUCCGUUUCUUAAUAUAAGACAUUUUAGAGAUUUCACUAUAGACUAGAUACGGAGCAAAAUGAAUGAAUCUACAUUCUAAAAUAUGACUACAUACAUCCGUAUGUAGUUAGUGGUGGAAUUUCUAAAAGAUCUUAUAUUUAAGAACGGAUGAAGUAUAUGUCUAUAUCCUUUGUGGGUCAGAAGAGGGUGCUAGUGAUUUGUACAUAUGUCUGAUAUAGCUAGUCUAGACUAGCGACCUCAACCUCAGUACCAGACGCACCGCAAAAAAAAAAGGAUCGCCGCACGAUCGCCCAGCCUAGGGCGACUCGGGUGUGACCAGCAAUCCACGCACCAGCGUUGAUGUUUUCCAUCCUCUCACUGCGCCACCGCUGGAGGAUGCCUCCGGGUGAAACUGGUGAGGCCAAUGGUGCCGGCGAGGCGCUCUCCCGCGUCAGCUUUAGGGCAUCUGGUUGGGAGGUGCGCUGAUCUUUGCCCUGCUCUAGUCUUCUCACCGCAUCGUUUGUGCCGUCGUUGGAGGAUGCCUCCGGGGUGAAACCGAUGAGGCCAAUGGUGGCGGCGGGGCGCUCUCCGGCGUUGGUUUUAGGGCAUCUGGUUGGGAGGUGCGCGGAUCUUUCCCCUUCUCUAGUCCUCUCAACGUGCCGCCGUUGGAGGAUGCCUUCGGGUGAAACCAGUGAGGCCAAUGGUGGCGGCCGGGCGCUCUUCCGCGUCGGCUUUAGGGCAUCUGGUUGGGAGAGAUCCCAGCUUUUGGCGCAUGGCGUUAUUGGAUAUCUAGAUCAGAAUUGAUCUGGUCGGUCGCGUCCUCAUCUUCAGCCAAAGACUUCAUGAAGGCAUGACGGGAAGCUUCGAUGUCUUGCCGGUGUCAUGGGACAUGUUUAAGUAUAGUUUUUUAUUGUAUUGACGGUGGUGAAGAAAGUAACCGCAAAUGGAGACUUGUAACAACGGAGAAGAGUUUUGGUUGUGUUGAA